GACCCCUUCUCUGGGACUCCUUACAAAAGCUAAACCUAUGUUGAGGGGCGUGUGCAGGAUCAGGGUUAGUGGCUAGCUUCAGCUUUUGACCUGGGAGCUUGGUCUACCCAGGAUCUCAAACAGGGAAAGCUCUAAAGGAAUUUAACUGUGACCUGCAAAGGGAGUUUCAAAGUUUGGUUUAUGUCGCUUUUUCAGUUCUUGAUGGUGGAUAGAGAUGGCCUGAAAGGGUUCUCCCCUACCCCGUCUGCCCGCUUUUUAGUUUUAACCUUAGAAAUAUCAGCCGUGUCAAGAUUGGCUGUGAUGAUAUCACUGGAGGACUCCCUGUGGCUCUCAGGGAUAUAUGCUGGCAACUGCCUCGUGUCUUUCAUUCAACACUUAAUUGGACUGUGGAACUCACUGCCACAGGAGAUUGUUGAGACCAGAACCCUCACAAAGGAGGACUGGACGUUUAUAUCGAUAACAGAAAUCUACAGAGCUAACAUAGAUAAUGCUAAAACAGAGAGUUUUGAUAAAAAAAACCUCCUGCUUCAGGGCUCAAGCCAGUCUCUAACUAUUAGGGGUUAGGAUGAGAACUUUCUGUGGGGCAGAGUAUCCCACAGAAGCCUGCUACAGGGCUUCUUGUCCCUUUCUCUGAGGAAUCUGGGGCUGGUUACUGUUGGACGAGAUACUGGACGAGAUGGACCUUGGGUUGGAGCCUACAUUUAACUGAAGAGGUGGGGGUGCUGAUCUUUAAAGAUGGGCAAUAGAGUUAAAUAAAGCAUUAACGUCAAACAAAGUCUUAAGCACUCUGACUCAAAAUCUUUUCCUCUCUUGAUUGCUAAAUGUUGCCCUCUUGCACUGUCACCAUUUCACUCAUUCUCCAGUUGCACGUAGGCUAAACAAGACCUUAAUUUCUAACGUUAAAAAAACCCAUGCAGAAUUUGUAAUCCUCUUAGCCCUUUUUAUCCACCAUAAAGAACUAAAACAAAGCACCGUGGUCCUUUUCGCUUUGCAGGCCACCUUUGCACCAUGUUUAUGGGGCAGACAGCUACCGCCUCAAUCACUCACUUUCUAGUGCCCAGCCUUGGAAUUAAACACCUGAUCAGAAAAUAUAUGGACUAAACCAUCUGGUCACAGGGGGGAGAAGUUUGAGGUGGGUACGGGAGGGUUUAUGUGCUAAGGACAUUAAUGAUAAAUAAGUCCUGCUAAUUCUGUGCAAAGUAUGGGAGAGGUUAAAUGGGCAGGGUUCCCUAAUGAGUUACUUUGCCUUUGGGAUGGGUUGCGUAUUCCUCUAUCCAUAGACAACCACAUAAAAGCCGACUCCCUGGAGCUGGGUGCUGGGCUCCCUGUCUAUAGCUGGAGUGUUUUCUCUUUACUGCCCGGCUGCUCUGUGAGUAAGUGAAAUUUGCAAUGAUCAAGUGGCCUAGCUAAUUCUAUCUGGGGCUGGGGAAUCUUCCGAGCAGGUCUGUUUGGAAGGGAGACUAUUUUAAACAGAAAUGGAAGGAGAACUAACUGUCUUGUAAAAAGAACAGGAGGACUUGUGGCACUUUAGAGACUAACAAAUUUAUGUCUGUAUCUGUACAAGGUUUUUUUUUGUCUUGUGUGAAAGGGAACCUCUUAACCCUUAUUUUAAGCAGGCAGAUUUCCUUAUCCCAAGCUACUAAUGCUGCCUUUAAUUAUUAAACCUGAGACAGCUGUUCGAAUCCAGUUCUGCCUUGCACUGGCUGGGCCACUUCCUCUGUGCGUUCUCCCCCGUGAUGGGCUGGGAAGCAGGAGCUAAUGCAGUCACAAGGCUGUAGGGUCUGUGCAGACUUCUCCAGUGGGCUUGGGUUUUGCAGCAGACUCAGGUGUCUACCCUUGAGGCCAAACCUGACAUCUCUGAAGGAUCCUUGUGCUGUUACCACGUCUGUCUCCUACAUCCACCCGUCCACCCCUGGCGUUUGGCGUGGACUGGCUGUCCGGGUUUCACUUGCCCUGAGGUAACUGGGUUGUCUAGGGUUAUUUUUACUCCAUGUGGAUUGCACUGCAGGCAGGUAGCAAAUUUCAUCUUAAAGGCAUGGCUUCGUGCUGUCCCUUUAAAGGGCCAGAAGCAGGUGUCCUGUCCCUAGCCAUCUACCCACAGCUUUUCAUCUUGGGAAGCCUACAUGGAGUCACUCCACGAAGGGGCUGACAGCUCCCCGUGGCCGCAAUGGCAGCAGAAGUCAAACCGAUGCAAUUAAAAAAAGAAAAAGAAGAGAAAAGCUUCUGCGGCCACCGUAAAGCUCCUUGUUCCUGCCUGGCCCAAGGCCAGCUGCGUCAGGAGCCCAGGGCUGGGAGGGGGCCAAGUGCCGCCCUGGUUGCGCAGUUGCGAUCUCACGAGCAACGCGGCCCGUUCCCGGAUCUGCUGCUAUAGAGGCGGAGCCGCUUGCGCCCGUGGAUGGGAGCGGGGCCCAUUCCUUCCUUUUGGGCCGUCCCGCUGAGGCGUCAAACCAUCCAGAGAUGGAGGCCAAGGUGGGUGAAUCACCAUGUUCUGAACUAGCACCUGCUGCUUUGGCCCUGCCUUGGCCUGAGACGAGGUCACCUCCGGCUGGAGAUCCUUCUCAGGAGCCAGAGGAGCUGUUUGACCAGGCGCCAGACCAAGAGGAACUGGGUGAGACGGACACAGAGGAGCAACCAGAAUCAGAGCCCAAGUCCAGCAGCAAAGCCAUGAAAGCAGCAAUCGGGGCAACUGUCGGAGUAGGAGUUGCAGUCAUUGGGGCCCCAGUAGCAAUCUGGGCAGCAGGCUUUACUGGAGCAGGCAUUGCAGCUGGGUCCCUUGCUGCCAAGAUGAUGUCAGCAGCGGCCAUAGCCAAUGGAGGAGGAGUGGCUGCUGGGAGUCUUGUGGCAGCCCUGCAAUCAGCUGGCGCUGUAGGACUCUCAGUAGGUGCUAAAGUUGGGCUGGGCACUGUACUCAGAUCUGUAGGUGCAGCUGUUGGCUCCUGGUUCUCUAAGAAUGAAUGAAAGCCGUGCAAGCCCUGCUGGCCUCAGAAGUAGACACUGACCAGUCCUGGAAACCCUUAAACUGCAAAGCUGGGCCAGAACAGCAUGUGGGGUGUGGCAGUUACUUCGUUGUUGCCUGGGAAAAGCUACUGCAAAGGUGUCACUUGUUCUGCCUUCUCUUUGACCGUUGUUGAGCUGCUCUGAUUAUGGUGCGGGAGGGGGGUGUGAAAACAAUAAAGCUGGUUUUAAAUG